CUUCUGUGAUAUAUUUGUUUUAAGUUUAGUAAUCUCUCUUCGUUUGAAGGUGAUUUGAAUGUUCAAUGUUUCGCAUCUUGUAGAUUUAAAAACAUUCUCGACUUUCUAUUGAAACGCUCUCAUCACUUCCAUAUACUAACAUUUAAGGAAUUAAUAUUGCUAUAAAAGAUUGUUUGAUUCCAUUGCCAUCCGAGUGGCUAAUUGGACAUACUAGUGGAAAGAGCAGAAGAGCCACUGUAGCUCUGCUUCUACUUCUUUUGAUAUGGAAGUCAGUUGUGUUAUACUGAUUGAUAGAAUCCUCUGUGACGCUAAUUUUAUGUAUUAGUUACGUAUAACAUGUAAUCUCAGAGAAGGGCUCGUCAUGCUUCGUGCAAUCCCUUCAUGUAAACACACUAAUUACAAUUAUAUGCAUAAUAUUGCCAUUCAAUUCCAUUUCCCUCCCAAUGAAGAACAUAUAAGAUUACUUGAUCAUUAGGUAAUUGCUACUCAUGCAGAUAUAUGAGAUUGAACCAUUGACUUAAUCCUCUCACUCUCUCUCUCUUGCAAGAAGGAGAUGCCAUAUGAUAAAAAAUAAAAAAAUCCACUCUAGGUUGUGGGUGGUUUUUGAUUUCUACUUAGCAAGUAUUUUUCUUGGGUGGUUUAUUCACCUAAUUGUUUACAAAAUGUGCUGAUAUUUUUUUUUGGGUUCUUGUUUUUGUACAAUAAUCUGAAAAUUGUUGUUGAAACUGUUUUGGAAAUUCUGUGUUCGGUUUGAGAAGCAAAGGAAGUUCUUUUGGGAGGUGAUACCAAACAGAGCCUUAAGUACCCUCUUUAUGAACAAAACUGCCAUGUCUUCUUGGUGUUCACACAUAUCUGUCUUUGUUUACAUAAUCUUCAUUGUUAUGAUCAUCCACGACGGCGCUUGCACCAUCAUAUCAGUUGAGCGUUAUGCCACCUUCUCAGCAUUGUCAUCGUGACUAAUACCACCUUCAAUUGCUUGGUCCCGUUGGCAACACCAUUGUUGGUCAACCUUGCGACACAUGUGGUGGAGUGGGAGGUGUUGGUUUUCAAGAAUUGAUAGCUGUUUGCAUUAGAUGCCGUACAGCUCGCGAACAUGUGUAUGAUAAUACUCCUAGCCCCCACUGAUUUGUCGCUCCUCUCUCUCUGUGAAGAUGUUUUCAAUUUAUUGCACUUUAGUUUUCUCAUUCGAUGUCUUCUAAUUAUACGAGUCAAUGAAAAACAACAUGCACUAUUUGUAGAAAGCAAGGGGACUAAAUUUGGAUGGUCUGUAUCCAAUUACUCCAGUUCAUGGCCCAAUUGCAGUAUGCUUGUACCAGGACUUGGUUGGAUGGGUUUCUUAUCUUGUUCUUUCAGCCCUUGAAUCCUCUUGAUCAUUAUAUCUUGUACUAUCAAAAUUUUGUAAGAUGUCCUAUAAAACAUACAUGCAGGUUCAGUCUUGUCUACACCAUGCUCUUAUGAUUGCUUUUUCUAUUAUGAAUCUAAGCAUUGUGUCCAUCCUUGUUCUAAACAUUUUUUCCCAUGCUCAGUUAUUGUAUGCGGAGUCAUUUAUAUGUGGUACCAGAAGAUUGGGUUUGUGAAUCAUGUCUGUCAAGUGACUUGGUUUUGUCAGAAGCUAGUGGUAUGGAAGACGUGGUUGGACCUGCAUUGGAUUCCUCUAACAUAGUCUGCCAGGACAAUACCCAUACGGCAGGUCCCAGCUUCUUGAACCGGGCUUAUUCUAAAAGGCAAAAGCCUGUUGAAACCGGCAAAGUGAAGUUCCUUCCCACGGAAGAAGUCAUUAAGCUAUCAUCAUCGACCCCUAAAAAAGUAACUUCUGUUCGGUCUAAUUCUGGUUCGAAACCUUAUCCAUUCAUGGAAUCAUUGCGGAAUCCUCAAGUUGGAUACACAGCUGCUGCUCCAAAGUUUCCUAUUUUAAGUGUGAAUGCAACUCAUUGUCUUGGACCUUCAGGACUUGUGAAGCCUCCUAGGCAAGGCAGUGUGCUUUCAAGGACUAAUCAAGAAGCACUUCAAGCACCAAAAAACAUAAAAGAACCAAAAGUGGCUGUCACUUCUAGAAAGGAAUAUCGUCGCAAUGAACAAUUGGUAAAUGCCCUUAUUGCUAAAGUAAAUGAAACUUACAGAACCAAUGCGGAGAAGGCUGCAAAUAAAGCAUCCUGUCCACCUUUGUCAAAAAAACAUCUGCCUAUUACGGAGAAAAGGGGAAAAAGGGCUCUAGCGGCUGCCUCGGAGGAGCUUGUUUGUGCGAAACCACUGAUGGAUGCUCUUGCUGCUGCCAAAGAACUUGAAAGUUCUCAUAUGAACAUAGAGAAGGCUAUCAAGAAAGCACGUACACAUUCACCAUCAAGGCAUUCCUCACCUGUUGCUAGUUCAGCCUUGGUAGCUUUGGAGGUAUUUUCUGGAAGAGAGCCAAUGGAUCUCCCAAUUGCUAAAGAACAUAAAACUUAUACCAUGAAGACAGAGGACGGUAUAAACAAAGCAUCAUGCUCAUCUUCACCACCGAUGCAUACUUCAACAACUGUCAUCUCAGAUGCUAACUUUCGAGGUGUUGCUGAAUGUAAUAACUCUGAUGUUGAAGAAAGAGAUUUACUUAAUGUUCUACCCAAAUUCAAGCUAUAUCAUGAUUAUCUCCCUGCUCUGCAUGCUACUUGGGGGGGUGGCUUUGUUUUUACCACUGCACCAUUUAAAUUUUAUGGCUUGUUCCAGGCUCAACCUCCAUGCACCAUCAAUCGUAAAGCCUUCGAGUUUUCAAAAAGAAUGCCUUCAGCCCUUCAGGUUAUGUUUGUUCCUCGGUGCCAAGUAUGGGCAGAUCUAUUCCAAAACAGUUGUCCCCAUCUUAGUGAUGUCGCUCUAUAUUUUUUCCCUGCUGAUAAUAUUGAAAGGUCCAAAGAAAACAUGUCCUGCCUGUUUGAGCUGAUGGAGGUCCACGACUCAAUGAUGAGAAGCUGCGUUGAUGGUGUGGAAUUGCUGAUAUUUACUUCAAACCAGCUGCAUUUGGGCUCACAGACAGAGUUUUUCUGGGCUGUCUUUCAUCCUGUAAAAAAUAAUCACCCACUUGACAAGAUAGACAAGGAACACAGUCUACCAAUUGAUCCUUUGGAAUGUAAGACCAAUGAUAACAUGGUGAUGGAUGGUUCUGAGGAAGUUAGUAUGGAGAUUGAUAUGGUUGGUGGAGAGAAUGUGGGUAGAGUCGAUGUGGUUAUUUCAAGAGAUGCAUUCAGCAGACUUUCUGGAAUCCACUUGCAAAGUUCAAUGGAAAGGCACUUAAACGACACAGCUUAAACUUAAAAAGUUAAAAGAGCUGGCAAUGGUGAUAAGAAACCACUUGAGACAGCGGAAAAUAUUGAAAGGUAUUCCAUACCUUAAUUGGUGUGGUACCUACUAGAGUUGCAGAUAUGCCUAGCUUUUCCCUGAAGAUAUCAAAGUUGAAGUUCAGAAGUUCUAAUGCCAUUCGCUCAGAUUCAGCCAUAGACUGGGUACAUUUACUCCUGCAGAUAGCAAUUUUGUUCGGGCUUUCGGCUCCAAGAACGACCUUGCAGGGCCUCAGGCCUCAGGCCUCAUCCAUGCCCAAGAAAUGAAUGCAGUUUGUCAGGAAACGUACAGAUCAAGGUACAGAUUACAAAUGUACAGUCAGAUGAGCGGUCUGUUGCGUUUCGUUUGUCCUGGUGUACAACUUCAGCUGUUCACAAAUUGAAAUGAAAACUAUGUAAGAUUCAAUUUCUUGUACAUUUUUAGAUUAAGUUUGGAUGUUGAGUUGAAUUGAGUUUUUUAUAAAUAGUAAUGAGUUAAGAUGAUUGAGUGAGUUUUA